AUGACCAACAACGACGCGACCAAGCCUAACGGCACCAACGGCGAUGCCAAGAACACCUUUGCCGUCAAGGCCGGACUCGCCCAGAUGCUCAAGGGAGGUGUCAUCAUGGACGUGACCGACGCGGCCCAGGCCCGCAUCGCCGAAGAGGCCGGCGCCUGUGCCGUCAUGGCCCUGGAGCGCGUACCGGCUGACAUCCGCAAGGACGGCGGCGUCGCGCGCAUGUCCGACCCUGCCGUCAUCAAGGAGAUCCAGAACGCCGUCACCAUCCCCGUCAUGGCCAAGGCCCGCAUCGGCCACUUUGUUGAGUGCCAGAUCCUCGAGGCCCUCGGCGUCGACUACAUUGACGAGAGCGAGGUCCUCACCCCGGCCGACAAGGUCUACCACGUGGAAAAGGCCGACUUCAAGGCUCCCUUUGUCUGCGGCUGCCGCAACCUCGGCGAGGCCCUGCGCAGAAUCGCAGAGGGCGCCGCCAUGAUCCGCACCAAGGGUGAGGCCGGCACCGGCGACGUCGUCGAGGCCGUCACCCACGUCAAGCAGGUCACCCGAGAUAUUGCCCGCGCCAAGGGAGUUCUUCAGACCGAGGGCGUCCUGGGCAUCCGCGCCCUGGCGAGAGAGCUCGAGGUCGACCCCACACUCCUCCAGCAGACGGCCGAGCUCGGUCGUCUUCCCGUCGUCAACUUCGCCGCCGGCGGUGUCGCCACCCCGGCGGACGCGGCGCUGAUGAUGCAGCUCGGCUGCGACGGCGUCUUUGUCGGCAGCGGCAUCUUCAAGUCUGGCGACCCGGCCAAGCGCGCCAAGGCCAUUGUGAGAGCGACAACGCAUUACAAGGACGCCAAGGUCCUCGCCGAGUGCAGUGAGGGACUUGGCGAGGCCAUGGUUGGCAUCAACUGCGACAGCCUGAAGACGGAGGAGAAGCUGGCCACGCGUGGAUGGUAA